AUGGUCAAAUUUCGAGGUGUCAAUGUUCAUAUCGUCUCUCAGUUCGAGGCAGUGAGGUUGCCCGAAUAUGGCACUACACAAGGCGUCGAAAAUGGCCAGCACAUCGUAGCGCACUACGUUCCUAUUCACACAGGUGCUCAGAUAUGGUUCGAGUAUUCAAUCGAUGGUCCGCAUCCUCCUAAUGCUAUGUAUCUUUUGAAGUUGUUCAUAAACGGGGAAAACAUCACAAAUUGGAACGUCUUCAUGUUUUCUUCUGAGGAACAGAGUGCCUCUCCGAAUACGAAAGAUCACAAUUUUGAAAUUCGAGUGCACAGAGUCCAGCAAAGACGUCGAGUACGUGAGCUUCCUAUUGAUCCCGAUCUUGUCCAACAGCUACAGCAUACACGAAAUUCAUUGAGGUAA